GUACAUAUUGGCUUGUGCUACAUCUACAUAUUCUAGCGCUGUGUCCGUUUUAAUUCUUGCCGGGUUGCUUUUUCCGGACAUCGACAAGAGCUAGAUCCCUGGAAGAUGGCGACAUGUAAAGUUUGUGAACAGCCGCUCGUGCUGGAAGUGGAAGACGAAGAUGGCAACGACGAGCAAGAAUUCGUCCCUGACGAUUUGGAAGUCUCUUGUGGCUGCCAUUUCCACUGGCAGUGCCUCCUGGAUCAAGCCGCGGAAUUAGCCAAAUCACUCAAGUGUCCAUCGUGUGCCGCAGAAAUUGCUACGCGUACAGCAGGACCCUCAACCAGCAACCCAUUCGUACAAUCAGUACCCGGUGCGGCUAUCUUAACAAGAUAUACCAACGAGGGUGGCAUCCAGGAGAACUACGAUAUCCUCCCUGAAGUCACCGAGGAAGCUUAUGUCGAAGCCAACCCCGAGGUUCUACCUGCUCGCGCCUAUCACGUUAUGUGUAGCACGGGCGAUGUAGAGAACAUAGUAGCCAUCCUGCGUGAGACCGAGCAGGCGCGGACGGAGCGACAUGGGCGUGCCUUGAGCGCUACGCAACUCAUUCGUUAUCAAGAUCCACUAGAAGACUCGAAAAGUGGUUUGCAUUUAGCAAUUGAAAAGGGGCAAGAGGAGGUUGUGUGGCUGCUUUUAUGGAUAGCAUCAACCUUGUCCACCGAGUCGUUCCCACGGCCGGCGGUGCAAAAGGCUCAAGCGAUGGGAAUCCAGCGGCCAAGCGCGUUGGCCUCGGGAGAUAUCCGAGCGCUCAAGGACAACCAAGGCCGGACGGCCGAGGCGGCAGCGGCGCAAAUGGGAGACUUCUGGACGGCCAUACUGCAGUCCGGUAUCUUGCAUCCCGAUGCCUAGAUUUGACCUAGUAAUCGAAAAUAUCGAUUUAUACCAGGUCACCUCGGUUAUUGCAUAACUUGAGCCUUAUACACAUACAUCCAUAAGUCCCCUAUUACCCUUUCGAAGGUGUUGAUCAAAUCUUGAACAAGUUAACCGGUGAUGGUUUUCAUGCGGAUGCUCUCUGCAGCGCUGAUCUGAUGAAACGAUGCUUACUUCUAACCUACCCCUCACAAAAAUUUCCGUCUC